CACACGCCCUAUUGGGUUAUUGCGCAUGUCGCGCAUGCGCGAUGCACAAUGUUUUGAUCCGCAGAGCUGUCCACAUGCAGGGGCUGGUGGACUGCCACUGUCAUAUCUCUUCGAAGGACUUUGACAAGGAUAUCGAGGAAGUGAUCGCCCGUUCAAAACAGGCUGGAUUGCUGGGGAUUUUAGCUGUGGCCGAACAUCACGGAGAAUUUGACAAGAUCAUAGAGUUGUCACAGAGAUUUCCUGGGUUUAUCUUCCCGUGUUUGGGAGUCCAUCCUGUCCAGCAGACCGUCCCGACUGUACAGAGAUGCGUCUCGCUUCAGGAUCUUGAUGCUGCUUUGCCACUCAUAGAAAAAUAUGAAGAACACUUGGUUGCAAUCGGAGAGGUGGGGCUCGAUUUUACACCCAGGUUUGUGAGCGAGGAGGGGGCCAAAGACAUCCAGAGACAGGUCCUUGUUCGUCAGGCUGAGCUGGCCAAGCGACUGGACCUCCCACUAAACGUCCAUUCGAGAUCUGCAGGAAGACCAACCAUCCAGCUGCUAAAAGAACAAGGUGUGGAGAAGGCCCUGCUCCAUGCCUUCGACGGGAAGCCUUCUGUGGCCAUGGAAGGAGUGAAGGCGGGCUACUUCUUCUCCAUCCCUCCCUCCAUCAUCAGGAGUGAACAGAAGCAAAAGCUGGUGAAACAGCUUCCUCUGGAGAAUAUCUGCCUGGAAACAGAUUCACCGGCGCUGGGCCCAGAGAAACAGGUGCGCAACGAGCCCAGUAACCUGCUGGUGUCGGCUGAGUACAUCAGUAGGAUCAAAGGGUUGCCGUUGGAAACGGUUCUCGAGGUGACGACGCGCAACGCUCUCCGGCUGUUCCCGAAGCUCAAGGCGGCCAUCCAGCUCUGAUUCGCUACUCCACGCCUUUUUAAAAUUAACGUGAAGGCACUUAUGGGUUGAUAAUUACCUUAACGUGAAUUUGAAAAGCUCUUCCAUCAUCAUAUUCAAACAAUUAACCAAGUCGAUGUGUUGUGGAUCAGAGAAGAUCUGCAAUCACUGCAUUGUAAAUAGAUAUGAUUUCGGCAAAUGUGUGAUUUGCAAUGUGUAAAUGUAUAACAUGUGAAAAAUCGGGGAGUUCAGAAAGAAACAUUAUUUUGCAAACCCCGAAAUCCAUUGAUAUUUAAUAAAUAUUGUUGAAAAUAAA